UCAAAAUAUGACCAAUUCAUCGUUUACCUUCUGGACAGUAUUGGAAUGUUAGCAAUUUGUAUCGUCUUGUCAUCACAAAAAGCUUAAUUUCAGGAUGGAAGCCUCCGAGAAACAAGACAACCCUCCUCCCAAGGGGGUAAAUCUCGCCAAAGUGUCUUUGGGCCAAUGGCAAUUAUUCUUACAAGCUGAACCCGAUCUGCUUAUCAACGACCAGCCUUUCGUGGCCUUGACCAUGAUGUACCACUCCGAAACUCACGAAUACAUUUGGCGGGCUCUCGGACGAAGCGUCGAAUCCGGACAAGUUAGCGGGUUCUCGGCGUUUCUCGGUAAAUGCCAUCAGUUGUUUAACAGUGGCACGCCUUGUUUAGGCAAGAAACCGCCGGAUGCCAACUUUCCGUUGUCCUGUGAGUUUUCAAAGAAUUGUUACAUCAUGAUUCCCAAAUCUGCUAAGUCCAAGUCUUGUGAAGCUUGCCAAGAAUCGGCUGAAGAUCCAUGCCAAUUUUGGCAGGAAAUCCGGAAUGUGGCUGUGGAUGUGAUCUUUCAUGAAGGUCGCAAAAGUAGGAAGGCGUUGAAUCGUAAGGAUAGUUUACAACAAGUUUGGCCUUGUCAUAUGUGCUCAGAAAAGGUCUCAUUGACUGAUAUGAAAAGCCAUUUAGAGAAAAGUCAUCUCUUGCGUCCAUUUUUUUGUUUCCAUUGCGAUGACCGAUUUGUGGAUGCUAAAGAUUUGUGUUUCCACACAUUACAAGAACAUGCCGAGAUCGGUGAAGUGAAUUGUCCCUUGUGUCCGAUGAAUAUCACUUUAGAUGGUGAGAUCAGUGCUCUGUCUAAUCACUUUCGCUUGUGCUUGUUGAGUAAAAAUCUGGCCAUGGAAUGUGAAGAAAAUGCCCGGAAACUCAAUGUGUGUUCCUUUUGCUUUAAACCUUUUACCUGCAAACCACUUCUAGAAAGGCACAUGAGCACUUGUGUAGCAGGUGUGCCUUUGGAAGGCAUUAUCGAAAAAGAUCCCUUGAGCUCUUUCGACGAGAACUCUGUGGAUUCCGCUGAAGUCUCAUUUUAUGCCUUCGACAAUGCGACGAAUCCGCCCGGAUCCAACACUUCCGAUGAAUCCCCAAUCUCGAAUCCAAUCGUCGAAACCAAGGAAGACUCGAGAAUUAUGGUUGUAAAAGUAGAACAAGAAGAACCUGAGACUGAUUACCGACCUCUCAUCGGGCCUGCCCCGGCCGAGCAGAGGAAUGAUAGUGUAAAAGUGGCAAAAACCGAAUCCAAAAAUAUUUUGUCCCAAGACACUUUUCUCACGUGCCCUAAGUGUUCCAAGCGGGUAAAUCGGCAAUUCUGGUCCACUCAUCUCAUGUUGCUACAUAGCAUAGGCAACUUUAGUUGUAAUUCCUGUUCAUCGACCUUCGAGACCGCAGAGGGGCUUGUCCACCAUGUCCUCGAUAUCCAUCCAAGCAAGUCAUUUUUGGUGUGUCCCAAUUGUGCCCAAAACAUGGAGCCUAGAAUGUUGGUAGAUCAUAUGGUUUCUUGCCACAAAAUCGUUUUCAAAAUGGAUAUGACUGGUAAACGGGUUCCGUUUUUUGCGGCUCGAUGCAGCAAAUGUGGCCAGACAUUUUGCCGCAAAGAAGAUUUGAUGCGGCACAAGCACCGGGGUUGUAGUAAAUCAAGCGCAAAUAAAUUGGACCCCAACCUAUCCGAGACAAGCAAUGGUAUGAUCAAAUCCCGAGUGUCACGACUUCGAUCCUUCUUCCAAUGUGGGUUGUGCUUCAAAAUGUGCGGAACCAAAGGCGAUCUCAUGUGCCAUUUAAAACUUGGAUGUGUGGCCAAUAGAAUGAAUGCCAACACCGACUCAAACUUGUCCCAAGAAGCCACUCCAAGUCUUGUCGUGGACAUGGAAGACUUCCUAAGUAGUUCUCUAGAUAUCAAGUUGGAGGCUCCGGAAUUACUAAAGGACGAGAAUUGCGGAGAGGAAGAAGAAGAUCCAAUAAAAAUUGAACCCGAGGUCGAAAUGAAAAUUGACGACCCACUUCAAGGUGAACCCGCCAAGCAGACGAAUUGGGAACUUCCAAAAUUGGAGAUCCCAGUCGAGGAAUUGCCAAGCAAAGUGGAUUGUUCAAUUUGUUUCAGGCAAAUUGCUCCCUCCGUUUUACUCAAGCACAAAAUGUUCCGUCAUCAGAUGGGGCGAUUCGUUUGUCCCAAUUGCUCCGCGAUAUUCGAGACGGCCGACCAAGUGUCCAAGCAUGUGAUUGCACAUCCUGAUGUGACCAAGUUGCAAUGUCCCAACUGCAAAGAAUACGUGGAGCUUGGACCUGAGCGUAAAGACCUCGAAGAGCACAUAUCCACUUGCCAUAAGCUCAAAUUCCGUUGGGAUGAAACGACACAAAGACAGAUCAAGUACAUCGGACGUGUUUGUAUGGAUUGUGGACGAGGUUUCAAGACAGUGGAUCAAUUGGUGGAACAUGAAGACAAGGACAUUUGUAUUGCCAGACAAGACAACUCGAUCCAUCGGAAGAAGUAUGUGGAGCAUAAGAUGCAACAAAUGAAGCAAAUCCAAGAAUGUUUGUCCACCAAAUCCAAACUGUGGACUUGUGACGUUUGUGGGGAAUCGUUCCUCGAAUCUAGGAAGUUGUGGAUGCACAAGAAGUCCCACAUCCCACCCAAACCGUCUCUAUGCCAACAUUGCGGCAAGGAGUUCAGCACGGAACAGAAACUACGCGAUCACCUCAACCGUCUGCAUCCGAAAUCUGACAAGUUCAAGUGCGAAUAUUGCGGGUUUAUAGGAGGCAACGCCUCCGCCCUCAAACGCCAUCGAACAAGGCAUGAACCGCCCAAAUUCAUGUGCCCUACUUGUGGCAAGAGGUUCACGAGACAGAGUUUUCUAAAGAUUCACAACCGAACGCACACUGGAGAGAAGCCUUUUAAGUGCGAUUUGUGCGACUAUAGAACUGCGGCUGAUAGUAAUUUGUCCAAUCACAAAAAGUUUAUUCAUCAAAGGCGACCCAGAACGACUAGAGCAAAACCCAAGCAUUCUUAAUGAGGGAGAGCAAGACUUUAAAAAAUUGUCAUAUUAAUUUGGAAACAGAUCUCGCAAAUAGAUAAAUGAAAAAGAUCAA